AUGCACCGCACGAGCGGCUCCGAUAUCCACCGACACGUGGGCUCCAAGCGCCAGGAGCUCUGGUCAGGACUGCAGCAGCGCCUCGGCGCCACGCCCAUCUUCGGCGGCGUGCUGGGCAACCAGAAGGGCGAGCGCGUGCUCGAGGACAGCGACAGCGACGAGGACGAAGGCGACGACGUCGUGCAGGACCGCUACCUGCCCGCGGGGGUCCGCUCCAUGGAGCGCGUUCGGUGCAGGUCGGCAGCAUCGUCGGACGGUCGAGAUACCGUCGGCGGGCGACAGGUGCGCGUGAACUCCGAGGACUCGACGCUGCUCAGCGCUGCGCAGAAGGUCGGGUGCUUCAGCUACAUCAAGCGGAGGCAUAGCAUCGCGCUGGCCUUUGCAUCCAACGACGCCACGGACGACAUCAGAGAGCCCAGCAACAUCGAGGACAGCGACUUAGUAGGCUCCAACUGGGAACCGGCCAAGGUCAAGAACGGCGUGCACCUGUUCAAGUCCAAGCGCUCGCGCUGCGAGGUGCGCGGUAUCACGCAGGUGAACGCGUCGGUCAAGAACGUCAUGUCCAUCCUGGCGGCGGGAGACACCACCGAGCGGUUCGCCGAGUCUCAGAAGAUCAUCCUCGGCGCUGAUCAGGUUAUCGAGGCGAAAGUGCUUGCGUCCUGCGCGCAGCCCACCAACUCGCGAUACUUCCACUGCGGCCUCAAGUACCAGGCGAUGAAGAACCCGUUCGGCACGACGCCGCUGGACCUCGUGUACCUGGACUACACGGACGUGAGCACCACGGACGACGGCAAGUUGAUCGGCUACCGCAUCCUCGAAUCCAUCCGCGUGCCCGAGCUGCGGCCGUCCCCCAAGUACGUUCGAGCGUCCAUCCGCUGCGAGGUGUACACAGUGCAGGAGACCAACACACCCGGAGUCGUCGAGGUGACGUUCGCGUCGCACCUGGACCCGAAGAGCAAGUGCUCGUCCAGCAGGAGGUCACACUGGCUGGAACAGGCAGGCGUGCGGCUUGCCAACCUGCGCGCCCACGCCGAGAAGACGAGCAUUGGCAACCACCUCGUGACGGAGACGAGGGAGAUGAACCGGAAGCACCGGUCGUUCACGAGCGGAGAUAAGGACAAGCAGCAACGGAACUGCAACGUGUGUCAGCACGCCUUCUCCUUCCUGCGCAAGCGCCACAGCUGCCGACUCUGCGGCGAGAAUAGCUGCGGGCGCUGCUGCCGUAAGAUGCCCGUGCUGGUGGACGCCGAGACCACGCGCGUCAAGGUCUGUCUGAGCUGCAUCCUGCACUCGAGGAACAACCCGGACGAGAUCCGACGCGGCGAACUCGGCCAGCCCUCGCGUCGCGGCGACAUCAGCAACUCCACGUUCGUCAUCUACGACGAAUAA